AUGGGCAGUUAUUCGGCCGUAGUUGUCUAUUUCGCCCCUGAUUGCCAUGCGACGUCACAUUUGCUUGGCGCUGUUAUGUAUAUGGACUGUCACAGCAUCAGAAAACCACUGCCAUUCUUGCAUUACACAGUCGACGCAAAAACAUGUGAUUGCGCGGGAAAACCAAGUGAGAAGUGCCAAUCGAAUGCAUGUUUUGCCAAGCUCGAGCUUUUCCCCGAAGAGAAGACGGCCAUUUUGCAGAAAGGCUGCAUCACAGAACUUCCGGGCGGCCAGGUCGGCUGCCAGUACGCGAGUAACUCGGAGACGGUUCACUGUUUCUGCGAGGGCAAUUUGUGCAACAACCGGAAUACUUUCUCGGACUUUGUGCCGUCCAAGUUGCCGACAGUCGAAUGCUGUGGGUGCAGUGAACGGCACGGGGAUGUGUGCCCAAAAACAGGAUGUCUACACAAGUGCCGCGGCAACUAUUGUGUAGUCGAUUUUGACGGGGUUGAACAGGGAUGCGGCCUUGGUUUCCCCCGUCUCCAAAGUUUUCUCCGAAUACCUGCCUAUCUGGACUGGCAGGGCGAGCCAAUUUGUGCCAGAUACGAGGCCGGCCCCACGACCGUGAUGAACGGUUGCACAUGCACCGGACUCACCGGGUCCUGCAACGAACUCAACAAGACCCGACAUUACCAGACGACACAAGUCAUCGACCGGCCGAAGGCUAAGCUCAACUAUUGCUACAGCGUCAGCCACAAAUCUGCCAAGCCCUUCGGAGCAGAAAUCUUCAAAAAAUCGUCGACAUGUGAGGGACAGUACUGUUUCAUUUCAAUGACCACAUCGGAGAUUGUGCUAGAGAGUGCUGACUUUGAGCACUCUUACGAUGAUCACGAGGAGUUUAUUGGGAUUGCGAGGCCGAAAUUUGAGCUGAUCGCGGGUUGCUUGAAAGUUGAUGAUCCAAAGAAAGUCGUUGUGGGUUGCACCACGGAAUAUUCGCAUAAUGCUAGUGAACCUCUAUCGAGACAUUGCAUCUGCGAGGACCACCUAUGCAAUUUUCAUCACCUAAUCGCUGGCGGUGAGGACCCAAGGCCACGAGUCGCCGGAGCGCAACAAAAACAAGAAGAAAGGGAAAAGGAAAAGAAUAAAGUGUCCGCCAGACCAACUGCCAAGACCAUUUCCCUGCGACCCGAAGCAACGAAACUGUCGGCAAAUUCUUUCAAAAUCACAUCUCUGUUACUUCUUGCAGUUUCUUUCAUUAAUUUUCUGAUC